GAAAAACGGGGCAGCGGCAGAAAAGGGGAAAGAGGCGAAGCGGGGACGGAGAUUUGGGAAAGUGGGUGAAGCUGAGUGAGGGGGUUUUAAAGUACCGGGCAGCAAACAGCAUUUACUCGUGUGUCGCUUAACAUAGGUAUAGGUUAGAAUAUAGUACUGUACGUGGAACGGAAGUUGUUUACUCUUGAUACACCCAUAGUUAAGUACCUCCUGCAUUUGUGUUUCUGGUGCAGCGCUGCGUUCACACGGGCAUGAGGCAGGUGGCCGUCCUUUGAGUAUCUCCGUGUAAACGCAACCCAAUUUAGACCGGAUGUUGUGUGUGCUGGAAGAAAGCGUUUGUAGGCGCUGGGUGUCUCCUUUAAACCGGGUCACUUCCUCUGCACGUGCCUGGCGGAUGAAACACCUGACACGUGUAGCUCGCGCCCAGUCCACCCAAGAUAGGGUUUAAAUUGCAUUUGGGAGGGAAAAGGCGAGUGGUGGAUCCACAUGUAAACAGAUUACAGUACUAUGCCGGAGAAAGAGUUUGUAAGGCGCCCUCUUGAGUGAAGACUUUCAAACACCAGCUUGCAGUGGGGCAACCUGGUCUGACCAGCUCCCCGAAGUAGUAUUUUGGGGUAUACAAGCUACCACCUUUUCCCCAAAGCUGCUUUGGCCAUCUUGAACAGUUGCUACACUACACGCAGCACAUCCCUGGCAGCAAAGAAAUAAAUGCUGAGGAAGAACAAUUCUCCCUUGCUGCUUUACUAUAGAAAACAAAUAGAAUUUAAAAUGUAAAAAUAAUGAAUAUGAUUUAUGGGUGACCACGAAGCACGCCUCGCUAACGUUCAAUAGGAUGCACGCAUACAAGAAAAUGUGUAGCAAUUUUACAAGGAAAGCAAUGACAACUGCUGUUGUGCUGUUUCACAGACGUCUUAAGAUGUUGCUUUGCUGUCAUUUCAGUUUAAAAUUCCAGGAGUGAACUUGGGUUUUCAGACACACAUGGAUGCUGACUUAGAAACCCCUUGCACCUGUGCGACUGAUGUUAUUUUUCUGGCCUUGAGGACGGGUGGGGAAUGCUAUACUCAUAUAACAAUGGAAUAUAUCGGUGGGCGUGAAGAGAGAGGAUCGUGCAACAAGGUAGGAAAGUAAAUUCUCCCAGAGAGAGAGCAAACUGGCUAAUAAUAAUAAUAAUAAUAAAGUAACAAUGAUUAGAGUCCAUAGAGUGCCUGCUGACAGGUCUGGAUGAAGUAUUAACACCAUGUGUGCUAAUGGCAGGUAAACCCUUGGCUGGAUUGUCGGCAAGUUUGUUGCGGCAUCUGGGAUCCUUACAAUCUCGAAAGGUGUGCUUAAAACGAUGCAUUUUCCCUUAACAGUAAGGAAGGUUCCAACUCGCGGUUGCAGAGAAGCGCCCGCCUUGAUGCUCAGGCCCGAGCCUUCAACCCAACAAAACCAGACAGUCUCCUCUCUUUCAAAGCGAAACAAAAGCCAACGCGAUCCCGCUGUCCGCCAAACGCCGAUUCUAGCAAAAAGCGGUGCUGGGAGAACCGAGGGCAGCGGAGCGCCUGGGCGAGGGGCGGAGCGUGGCAGCGAGGGCGGCGCGCGGAGCUCGGAGCGUCCCUCCCUGUUCCCCGUGACCCGGCGGCGCGAUGGCGGCUGCGGCGGAGCGCACCGAUGAGCUGGUGCGGGAAUAUCUGCUCUUCCGCGGCUUCACGGCCACCUUGAAGCAGUUCGACGCGGAGAUCAAGGCGGACAAAGAGAAGGGCUUCCGGGUGAGGGUUGCCCGGGAGGGAAGCCGGCAGGACCCGCGGGUGGCUGGAGGGAAGGAAGGGCUGGGGGAGGAGGAAUUGGGGGGAGCAGGUCCCGCCCGCCCCUCCUCUUUCCUUUUCCUAUUUAACUCACGAACCUGCAAGGAGCAGCAUUGCAUUACGUGUGAAAUGCUUCGCGCCUGGGAUUUUGAGCGCCCUUGCCAGUGCUGCGUUGACACUUGCUGCCGCUGGCUAGAUGGGCCUGGUGUUGCGGGCGGGUUGGUUUGGAUGGCCUUUGGGUUCCUUAGCAGCUAGUCCAGCGUCCCCCUAAUGGCUGCCUCAUGUAGCCCCUUGUAGCGGCACCCGUGCCUAAAUUUAAGCAGGUCUUCCCCACCGGAGCAAGUGCAGGCUAGCAAGGAAGAGGAGAGAGCCUGAGUAGGGUCAGAGUACUUCCCUUUUCCUCAGCUGAGUAACUGCAGUACUGUAGUCCUUACGCAUCUGGAAUUAGGAACAGGGCAUCAACGAAAAUAUAUUUGGCAUUAGAAGUAAUACACAGUGUGUUUCCCUUUACACAAAGCUCUUGAAUGGGGUUUCAGUAAAUUCAGAUAUGUAUAAAGCAGUACCCAACACAUUGCACUUGUUAAACAGAGCCUAGAUAAUUUGAAUAAUAUUCUCUUGAAUUCCACAGAGGAGAGUUCUAACUGGUCUUUCUCUCCCCUCUUCAGCUAUACUGAAUAUAGACAGUGCAAGUCAGCAGCAAAAUUUAAAUUAGCCCAGGUUGGUCAGAAGACUCAGACUAUUAAAUUUUGCUGCUGACUUGCACUGUCUAUAUUCAGUAUAGCUGAAGGCUAAGGGAUGUUGGCAUGUGAUAAUGAGCACACUUGAAGUUUUUCACACUGAAAAGGAUGCAUGUGAUUCAGCUGAUGGGCGAUGCUUUCUGCAGGGCUUGGCUGUGUGCUGAGUUCCCCAAAGGGAACUCAGAUUCACUUCUGAGCCUGCUGUGUGUCUACCGCACAUAUGACUUCAGGUAUAGGGCAUGUGGGUUUGGUGUGAAGGAAAUGGCCUUGUGCUCAAAAUUUGCCUAGGGGCUAGUGGUUGCUCAUCCCAAAAAUAGAAAACAGUCCUGUCUGAAAUCAGUCCCAAACUGAUUGGAGCAAGCCCCACACCCCACACUUCAUUUUUUCCAGCUGCAACUCUAUAUAAUGGGAAUAAUAGUAUCCUGCCUUAUGAGAUUGGGAAUGUAAAUGAUAAAAGGAUUGCAUAUGAAGGCCUAGUAUCAACACAGAUUGUUUUCCAUUCCAAUGCAGUGUUUGAAAUCAUAAUUUCAUAUGUGAUUAAAAUUAUGCAUAUACUGUAUAUGAAUCGUUACGUUGCCUUAUGACCCUUCUGUGAGGGUAUAUUAAGAACUGCCAGAUUUUAUUGCCAAAUCCUUCCUUCCUUUUUUUUGGUGAGGGGGUCUUUUGCCAAUUCCUCAAUUCCUCCAGAACAUGAAAUCCCACCACCUCACCUAUUCAUAUAAUGCUUUUGUUUUGAUGUUAGAACUGCCUGUCACAUUGGUAUACUUCCAGUUAAGCGUGUUGGAAAGUGCCAUCUCUACAUUUGGUUUUUGGCAGUUUUCUUCAUCUUUCUGUCUUCUUCUGUUCCCCCUGAUUCAAGCAACCUCAGUAACUAGCCAAUCUCAUUUAGAGUUUUGCCUUGUGGAAGCAAUAAACUGGGAAGAUGGAACACUGACCUAGAUUAGCCUCUCCAACCUGGUGCCCUCUAGGGAUUCUUGGACUUCAACUCCCAUCACCCCCAGCCAGCAUCACUGGGGGUAAGGGAUUAUGGGAGGUGUUGUCCAGUGACGCCUGCAGAGCAGCAGGUUGAAGAAGGCUGUGUUAGAUAGACAAUGGGAUGUUGGUGGAUGCAGCACAAUAAUUCUUACUGGGCCUGCUGAGAAAUUACAGUGCCAAGGAUGACUUUAGCCUGGUUUUGAAAGAAGUUAGCGAUGUUUUGUUGAAACCAGCUUCCUUGUUUUCAGUGAGUCUCCAAAAACUGAAUGAUAAAAGUUCCAUUUGGAUGUGACAAAACUGGAAAUAUCAGUCAAACAUACAUUUAUAGCCUCUUUUCAAGCCUAGCUGCUUUAACAGAAGGGAACAUCUGCCUGGAAAAUCUUGGCAAAGAAAGCAAGACUUCUGAUUCUUUCUUCUCUCCUUCCACCCUCCCCUGGCAUGUCAGUACACAAUAUCAUAGAAGCUAUGCUUUGUUUAUAUCAGAGGUGGGGGACAUGUGGCCCUCCAGAUAUUGUUGGAUUCCAGCUGGCUAGGGCUGAUGUUGUUGUCCAAAAUAAUUGGAGGGCAUUGAGUUGGUGAGGGCUGUCUAAGAGGCUGUUCUUCAAGCGGGUUUACAGACUUACUUCUUUGGAAUAAUGUUACUAGGUCCUUCAGCACUGCCAGUGACUCAGAGGCACUAAGGUGCCUCAGCCCCAAAAGGAAAACUGAAAGGCAUUGCUAGUGGCUCUUGGAAUUCCUCAUUUGAGGCUCAUGACUGAUGCAGGUUGUGUAACCUGACCUUGUCUCCAAAGUUUAUGUGUGGUUUUUGUUAUGGCUUUUGGUGACGGAAGCUGACAACGUGGGCAAGGACUAACUGGGUUUUUGGGGAUCUGUGCUGUCUCUUCAGGUAGAUAAGAUAGUGGACCAGUUUCUGCAGUUCGUUCAUAGCUAUGAUCUGGCUGCCCUUCGGGAUUACUGGAGCUACCUCGACAGACGCCUUUUCAGUCGAUUGGAGGAUAUGUACCGACCUACCGUGAACAAGCUGAAAAUUAGUUUAUACCGCUACUACCUCGUUCAUACUGUGCAGGUUUGUGUCAAGCAGAUAGCUUUUCUUCAAAAUACAAUUGGGUUGUUUUAAGAGUAAAUAUGUUGCCUUAUCUAACAAAAUGCUGUACGCAUCCUUCUUCUCUAGCAGUUAGGUGGGGGAAAGUACUCCUAUCACCCUGCUGGGUCCAGAACAGAAACCAAUAUUUGCAGCUGCCGGAGCAGCAUUACAAUUUGUAAUCUGAGCCCCUUUUCUGUUUUCUGUGUUUUAGACAAACAGGAACGACAAGACACAGGAAUUCUUUCUCAAACAAGCCUCUGAACUUCAGAACCAAGCUGAGUGGAAGGACUGGUUUGUUCUACCUUUCAUCACCAAUCCAGAUGCAAAUCCUACUUUUGCAACAUAUUUUUCCCGCCAGUGGGCAGACACUUUCAUCGUUUCUCUGCACAACUUCCUCAGUGUCUUAUUUCAGUGUAUGCAUAUCCUUUCUAGAUGUGAAAAAAUAGUUUUAAUUAUGAAACAGCUUCAUCCUCUGUUCUCUCUUCCUUUCUCUUGUCAUGUUAGAGAGUGGUAAUCAGCUUUCUCCCAUAUGUGUGUUACAGAGCAAUGGUGUGGCUUGUUAGUCUGGUCCAUCCAUAUCAUCUACAACUUAUGGAUUUAUAUCUUUUGUUCUUUCAGCAGAUCACCGUCCUCAUCCCCACUUUAUCAAAAUUGCAUACUAAGGAAACCAAGGCCAAACGUAAUGCUAGAGUAUUUUAUUCUGGACUGUAGCCCACAAAACUGGCAUGUUGCAACUAGACCAACUGGGCAAGAGACCUGCAGUCAUUUGUCAGCAUUAUGUUACUUCUUUGCAGCUCAAGCAUUUUCUCGAUAGUGUUUCAAGCCACAGGCAGGUGAUGGUAGCAGCUGGUGGGUUUUUUUCUGUUUUGGAUAAUAUAUAUUCCUCCAUCUUCUUCCACCCCAGAUAUAUAAUAAAUAUAAAUCCCUGAGUAGUGGGGAUGCCAAGUGAGGAGUGAGAUAAAUAUGAUCUCACAAACUACCAUGUUUCUAGGGACACCCUUAAGACCUGUUUGGUGCUGCCUUUGGUGGUCAAAUUGUUAAGAAAUGGAUUGAUUUAAAUUGCCUUUUCUAUUGUUGAAAAUCAAAACAGCUGUAAAAGUGGCAUCAAUCUCCAGAUGGCUGUUAGUCUGUUGCAGUGGAAUUUAUUUAUUUAUUUAUUUAUUUAUUUAUUUAUUUAUUUAUUUAUGUUAUUAAAUUUAUAUACUGCUUGGAACAAAAAAAAUCAGUAAAAAUAGCUACUUUAAACAUUAAAAAAUAGUUAAAAUCAAUGAUAAAGUAAAAUACAUGCCAACAUUCUAUAUAUCUAGGUAGGUUUGACAUAAUGUUAUCCCAUAAAAGGUGUGUUAGUCUUCAAGGUGCCACAAAGCAACCUGGUACCCUUCAAAACAUCUAGAGAGCAUUCGGUAGGCAAAGUCUGCUUUAGAGGAAGGACUUCCAUUCUUGCUUUAAGUUUUUCACCCUUAACCUUUCUUACCUGUACCAGUAAUCUUGAACUUUGAGACAGAAUGUCAGAGAAGUUGUUUCCUGCAAGAAGAAAAUGAAAUUCUGCGUCAAAAGGUGAGAAUGUCCGUUCCCGAAUUCUCUUAUGUACAAAAACUGGAGAACACAUAUUUAAACUUCAAAUUGAGCUAUUGACUCAGAGCCAAUAAAUAGUGUACGAUAUAAACUGUUGCAUGAUAUAAACCAGGGGUCGGCAAGGUUUACCUUGGCUGGGCCGGUUCACUCCAGCGGAGAUCCCUUCGUGGGCCGGAUUGUGCAUGCCCGUGAUUUCCAGCAUCUGUGCAGACACGAUUUCUGGCACCGCAGAAGCAAGUCCCCGUGCUGUGCUGUGCUGCGCUGCACACAGGGACUUGCCAAGCGGGUGGCUCGUGGGCCGGUUAAGCGACCCUCGUGGGCCGCUUGUGGCCCAUGGAACCUGCAAUUCAUCUCUCUCUGUUCCCCCUGUAACCCCACUUUUUUCAGCUGUUUGCCUUGCAAGCAGAGUACUUCCGAAUAAAGAAAGAGGAGCAGCAGCAGCAGGAAGAGGAGGAAGAGCUGAUUCUCCACCACAAGCUUCCUUCCUAUGUGACCAACAUGGACCAUCUGGGGGACUCAGAGCUGUGAGUCUGUAUGUGAGAGGCCAGGACAAAUGGCUGCAUGAUUGGAUGGUAGAGGCAGAUCUUGGCCCUUUUGCUGUUGUUCACUUGCUGGCAAACUUGGACAAGCAGCUUUGGAGAAGUGUAUGUUCAUUCAGAAAGAUCCACAAAGAUUUGAGAAAGGUUGGGUGUUUUCUCUCUCCCCUGCUCCCUGGUCUUGCAGAACCAAUUGGCUGGCCUCUCCCUUUAAAAAAACCCAACCACACUUAACAGAACAGUCUCUUUAUAGGAGUUUUCUAUCAGAGCUUCAUAACUUUAAGUUACUUUUAAAUGUCCUUUUGUUUAAAAUGUGGGAAAUCUCAUCCUGCGGUUGAGCAUCAUGCAUCUUCCUGAAUCUAUGGAGCUCCCUUAAUGGCUUUAUUUAGUUUAUUUGCCUUAGUGGGACCUUCCACCCACGUAUGGGACUGUCCACUAAGGUUUGCUGCAGGCUCUGUUCCCUUGCAGCCAUUCCUAACAUAGCUGUAUAGUCCAGGAUCCUCAAUUAAUUCAGAGGUGACUUCUAGUUUAACUCUAGCAAAUGGAAGUUCUCUUAUGGCCCCAGUUCUGAGCUGGGGAGGAAGACGUAUAAAAAUCCCUGCUGUUAUCUCUGUGACACACAGCAUGAUGAUGAUGAUGAUGAUGAUGAUGAUAAUGAUAGCGGGAGUUUUUUGAACAUGUCUCUGUCUUUUGCACCUGAUGCUGAGGUUUUUGGGUUUUCUGCCUUUUUUCUAGUGACAUGACAAGCAACCAAAGAAGCCCUGCUCACUCUCUGCAGACCCGAGGGGGAUUCCUGUCGUCUCUGCUGUCUCAGAGCAAAAAGGGCUCCUCUAGAACAACAGGAUCCAGCUCGGCACAGACUGGUGUGGCGUCGGUGGGCAAGAAAGAGCAAUCAAACCACCAGGUGAGGUACCGUAAGAGCAGUCAGGCUAACACCUGUGUUUAGAGUCAGGCUGGAUGUCUGCUGUGUUGAUCUUAGGACUGAUUUACAGGUUGCCCUUUUGCAUUUACGUGAAGGUAAUGUGCUUAUUUAAUUUUUAAACACCUUUCAUCAAGGAAGAUCCCAGGGUAGUUGAUUAAAUAGCUGAUUGAAGCAAUAACAUUUACUAUGCCAUCAAUACAACCAUUAAUAAAUGCUAAAGGUUUAAAUAAAUAUGGCAGUGGGCAUCGCAGUUACAGUGGGCCUUGAGAACAUCAGUUUUCCCCAAAGACCUGGGCAAAAAGAAUAAUCUGUUAAGAUACCUCUGAAAACCCAUCAGUGAAGGUGGUGGCAGCACCUCUAGGGAGAAGGAAUGGCACAAGUGCCCAUUUGCCAACUGUCCUCCAUAUUAACCCGCAUGUUGAUGGUAACCUGCUCCUGGCAGGUUCUUGUAUUUUGCACCUUGUCCAAGGAUGGUGACUGGGAUGUACUGAGGACCUACAUCCAACAGCCACUUCUCAAUAACCUUUAUUGAAAGCUGAAUACAGCAACCCUAGGAGGUGCACAGGCUCCUAGAUCAACCGAAAUAAGUCACAGCUGGUGCUUCUAGGUGGCAUGGGGGUGUUCCCCUUCUCAAACCACUGAAUUCUUCUGCUAUUUCCAAGUUAGGUGGUGGGGUAACGUUCAAAGGACACAGAACCAAUCACCUGAAAGAAUUCUCAAAAGUGAUGUUCCUAGAUGUGUUGCAUACCAGAAAUGUCAGCUUAGGCACGGUAUCUGGGAGAGCCAAAACUUGAGAAGUCUUCUCUUUACCUUCUAGAGCACCAAAGGAAAGGAGGCAGCCACUGCCUGCAAGGAAUUAAAAAGUCACUUCAGUAGCCCGGUAGCAGCAGAGUCCAACUUCCUACAGCAGCGUCAGAGGCGUCUGCAGGAUCAUGGGAAGGAAAGGAAAGAACUUUUAACUAAAACAGCUUCCCAGGUAUGGACCGGUGUGUCUCUGAUGGGUUAGAGAAUGGGAUAAAGUCUUUUCUGUAUUUCUGUGUCCAGUAAAUCACAUGCAAGCAGUCUAGUAAUAGUCAGGCUGAUGAUUUGUCUAAGCAGUGCAGAUCCAUGUGUGCCUGAGCAGAUAGUUACUUACCGUGCUGAUUUUUUAAAAUGAGAGUCUCAUGUUUGGAUCAAGCAGGGAAUGAAGAAUCAGAAUUGUUUCUUUACUUAGUGACAUCCUCGUGUGUGAACUAAGUUGGGGACAAAGGGUUCUCCUUAACCCCCUUCCCCGCCUCCCGAAUAAACAGCAACGCUUUCUUGAAUGGAGUUCUUCCCUUCGGCGUGUCAGCUGCUGUUCUCUGGUUUGUGGCUCUUGCACAUGGGAGUGAAUCUUGGGUACAACCUUUCUUGCUGUUGACGCUAGGAAGCAUGAGGCUAAAAAGAACUUUGUCCAUGCUCUCUACCUGUUUUCUAGGGAGAAAUGACACAAUGUGCACAGAGAUGUAUCCCUGGCUCUUGUCCAAAUGAAAGCUCCGGUGGGCUGGAAUAGGCCCCAGUCCUUCAGUUGCCUAUAGAAGCAGGAGGGAGCUUCUUGCAAUCAUACAUCUUAUCUCCAAACCUCUUGGCUGUCUGAAUGGAGUGGGUACCCAUUUGAAGGCAUUUUCAUUCAGAGCAUUGACCUCUAAUGGCAGUGGCUGUGCAUAAGCAAGCGGCAUGUAGGUGUCUUGUGUCUAGAAGAGAGGUCCCACUGUGCCAGCAGCACAGAAAUGAAAUACCCUUCAAACUGAAAAUCUUUUAAGAAUCCUUAGCUGCCAUUUUCAGGGAGCUUUCCACUGGGACCCUAAGAUAUCUUUCCAGGGUUGUUAAGAGCUACUUUAGACCCCACUUUUUUGUAACCGAAUGCAGGGCAUAUACUUUUUGUUUCAAUGGACAUGAAUGACUGAAUCUAAUUGCCCAUUCUCUUGCAAAGAAACCACAUUUGAAGAGGCUUGUUUGGAGGGUUUUAGAGUUCCUUGGUCUGCUCUCACUAUCCUGAAUAAUUUUGUGUUGCAAACUAUCCCGACUGCAGAUUAUUUGAUAAGGUUAAAAAACACUGGCCCCAGCACAGUUCUCACUGCAUGCUUCCUCCCGUAUUGGACACCAUCUGAUCAGUCCUGCUUUCUGUUUCCUUCAUCGGUUACUGCUCUGUAAACAGGCCCAGCCUGCUUCAUUUCCUGUUUGGAUUUCUUUGUGUGCUGACUUUGCUGAAAAGGGAAAAUGUCUGCCUCUGCUUGGCAUUUUCCACUUUCUGUGUGUUGCUUUGUAUGUGUAUUAAUAUUGCUGAGGAGCCUCUGGGCACCAACCAAAAGUUAAAAGAUGCAUUUUGUCUUGCAUUUUGUGUUUGCCUGCGUCUCUUAACGCCCCAGCUAGUGGCAAGGAUACAUAGAGAGCUUUUUCAGGUAUGGCAAAUUAUCCAGGUGUAUUAGUGUGAACUGCAUGGACUAAUGCCCCUCUGCUUUCCAAGAUAGUGUGGAGAAGGAUACUAGAUUGAAAGCUCCAGGCUGUGGGAGCUAUAUGCUACCCUUCCUUGCAUUUCAUAGGCAGGGCCUUUCCCCCAAGGUUAGUUUCUCUGCAGGCGGGUGGGACAUGCAGAAAGUGAACAAUGAUGCCUGUCUAUGGAAGGUGGUUACUGCUACUUGCAACAUGCCUGGAUGCAUCUUAGCUGCUGGCAUGAUGCAAAGCUCUGCCUUGGUUACCUAAAACUCUGUACUCAUUGAGCACCCACUGAGUCGCUUAACUGAUUUUCCUGGCUUGCUGUACUAUAUGCAGGGUCCUUCUCUUGGUUUAGGGGCAGAAUGUUGACAGGAAGAUGGAGGCUAUUGCCACUGAAACAGACCCUCCCCCUGAGCUGCAUGCUGAGCAAGCAGAAACCCUGACCAAAGCUUUCGGGUCCAGCAUAGAUGCUGGAGGCAUCAGGCAAGAGCAGCCAUUCAUUGUCCUGAGCCAGGAGGAAUAUGGAGAACACCACUCAUCCAUCAUGCAUUGCCGGUAAGGGGUACUCCCCCUUGGGGGAAGGAGAGGAUGGUGGUCAGGGAGCCACCGCGGUUCAGUGGACUGAGUGCCGGACUUGCAGUUGUGGGGUCUGAGCUUGGCUAUGGCCUUAGCAUUCCCCAGCCCCUCAGCUUCUGUUCCUUAUCUGCGAUAAGUAAACUGUGACUUUGACUUUUUGUAAGGAUUGCAAAGGGCUCUGCAUGUUUAAAGUACUAUUUUAAUGAUAGUGCCGGCAUAGUUUGUAUGAAACGUGGCAGAAGAAAAUCUUGAGGAAGCUGUAAUCGUGAGGGUUGGAAAGGACCAUUGCAUAACUUCCUUCUGUGCUUAGGGUUGACUGCUCUGGUCGAAGAGUGGCCAGUUUGGACGUGGACGGGGUCAUCAAGGUGUGGUCUUUCAACCCCAUCAUGCAAACGAAAGCAUCUUCCAUUUCCAAGUCUCCCCUGCUUUCCCUAGAAUGGGCGACCAAACGGGACAGGCUGGUGAGUAGCUGGGCUUGGUGCAACAGGGAACAUCUGGAACUGCUGCUGAAGCAUCCUAGAUACAACCUCUGACUGGUCUUAGAUGUCCCGAGGCCUAAAGUGUAUUGCAUGGUACUUCCUGAAGGCAAUAUAUCCCUUCCCAUGAAUGCUCAGCACAGUUGAUCAUUUUUGUAUGAACCAAGUAGGUUUUCCAUGGCUCUUUCCAGAUUCUAGUGGAUGCAAAGACUUCAUAGCCUGAUUGACCACAGGAUGAGACACUGUACAAAGGAGAACCACAAUCUUUACUAAUUUCCUAAUUGGGUCACCAGGGCCUCAGCCAUUUCCACACACUGCAUCCUUGUAAUCUGUUCCUUCCAAUUUGAUGCUCUGUCUUUAUUCCUUUUUGGUCUUUUUGUUGGCUACCCUUUCUUUUCUCCUGGAGAGAAAUGGAGCAGACCAAGUGCUGGGUGGAGAGAGAUGCGAGACUUUUAGACUUUGGUCAUUGCAGUCUCCCUUGAAGCAUAUCCCUCAUUUAUGCUCAUGGGGUUGUAGGUGCAACGGAUGAUGGAAGGGUAGCAGUGACAGGGUGGAGGUGGGGGCAGUGAAAGACUAAAUAGAAAUAGCUGCAAAGGUUUUGGGUAAGGUGGCUAGAACAGGAAGUCGCCGCCACCCAGCCCUUGAUUAACGUUCUCCUUGGUGCUGUGUUCCAGUUGUUGCUGGGUAGUGGAGUUGGGACUGUUCGUCUUUACGACACUGAAGCCAAGAAGAAUCUUUGUGAAAUCAGCAUUGAUGAAGACAUGCCCAGGUAACCCUCUUGAGCAGAGUCCCUCUUGCCUCACCUGUCGUAAAACUAGUCAUUUGGUGUCUCUAAAUCUCAAAUGCAUCCCUGUUUUGCGUGGCGAUGCCCAGCUUGUGCUUCAGAGGCAGUGUUCGCCUGUCCAGAGCUCACCAACACUCAUUACACUAAGGCAACUGCUUGUUUGUGAUUCGUAAUACUCCUUUGUGCGCGUUUUCCUUUGCACGUGUGGGUGGUACGCUGCUUUAGUGCCAUGUCUGGGUGCACACAGCUUCAUUCAUGCUGGAUUGAGAGCAGCCUUGUAUGCCGUGAUUUUCCAACACAGAAUCAGUUUCCAUGAACAAAAGAGGCAGACCAACAGAAUUCCAUGGUUUGCAUUCCAUCUUGGGCAAGUGUGCAGAGCCCCCCCCCAACCUUCAUCCAAAGUUGUAGCUGUAGAGAUGUGACGGAGGAUGGGGUGGUGGUGCUUGGUUGUGCCUAGAAAUCCCCACCCUGUCCCCUCCUUCAUGGCAAGAGAGAAGGCCAAAGUGAUUUGGCCACUACAAGGCUCCCGAAAGCGCCCACCAUCUUUUCCUGGAUCGCCCCUGACUUUUUGUGAAGGCAGAGCAUGAGACUGGAGACAAACAGAAGAUCAAGUCUUUCCAUUCACAAUUUUUGGCUUGGACCCCUCCAUGUACAGCACCAUCCUGACGGAAGAACAGGCCAGGCAGGGGAUUGUGGGUUGUUUUUUUUAAAACAUGCCUCCUGUUACACAGAUUUUAUGUGUAGGGAAAAUGGGAACUGGCCAUUGAUGGUUUGCAUGUUAGCCACCUUUUUGAAACUCUUUUCCUCUGGAUUUCUUUCAGUCUGCACUAAAUCCUAAGCUUCCCCAUACUUCUUGGAAAACAUUAAACCUUUGACACAAAGGGCAUGGAUUCUGUUUUCUGGUUGCUUUAAGUAACUGACCACAGUUGCGGGAUUUAUAUCUGUCCCAGUUUCCUGUUGUUGCUCUAAGCAAUUGGUGUAGAUGGUAGAUGCCAACCUAGAGUGCUUUCUUCUCUUGCAGCCCCCCCCCCACUUUUUUUGGAACAGGCAGUAUUGCUGCCCUGCGGCUUUUUAUCCCCUACAUGUUCAAGGCAAGAGAACAAGAGUACAGCUGCAUCUUCCCUGCUAUGAGUGUUCAGGAAUUGGGGGGAUCUGAAGCCUCCACUUUGCUCAAGGCUUUGGAGAAUGUGAACAUCACAGGAAGCUUCUGCCUAUUCUCAGGGGCAGAGGGAUUGCUAGUUCUUGAUGAAUCCUUGUCCUUCUGCUCAUGUUUGGCCAUGACUAUCAAAAGCUACUCUUCUUUGUUUGCACUCCUCACUUUAGAAACACCUCUCUGCCUCUUAACAUCCAGAGGCCAAAGGAAUAGAGAAUAAAAGAAAGGGAACCACCCAUAGCCCCAGUGCAGUGAGAGGCUUGUUUGGAUGCAUAGUUUUUACAGGUGUUGGGGUAGGGGCUGGACAAAAGUCGGAUCAAAGCCAGAAACGGCUGCUUUCCAGCCUGGCAGCUCAUGGGCUUCCUGUGCAGAGAGCCAGGGCUGACCGUGUGGGUCUCUGUUUCAGGAUCCUCUCCCUCGCGUGCAGCCCAAGUGGUGCUUCUUUUGUGUGUUCAGCUGCUGCGUCUGGCCUUGGCAACCAGCUCGAUCAUGGAGCACAAGAUUGUGGAGGGAAAGGCAUGAAUCAAGUUCCAGGGAAACUGCUUCUAUGGGACACUAAAACCAUGAAGCAGCAGGUAUGGUUGUGUUGUUUCCUUGAGCCCAAAGAGCAAAGGGGAGCGUUCACAGAUGGGGAAUUUGUGGCCCUCCAGCUUUUUGUUGGUCUACAACUCCCUGAGCCCUGGGAAUGCUGGCUGGGUCUGAUUAAUGUUGCAUCCCAGUUGCUUUAAUAUUUAUCUGUGCCAGUUAUGAACAGUCUAGUGAAUGUUUGUUGUUGGCACCUUAUAUUAUAAUGUCAUAAAAACUCUGGAUGAAUUUUUAGGCUUUUCACUGAAGUUGUCCGGAGUGUUCUGAAUUGUGCCCCCACCCUACCCCACUCCCCAUUUCUAUAGUUCCACAGUCAGUCCUCCUUUCCAUUCAUGUGACUUUCCUAACUUGCCAUCAGCUUGGUUUUGUUUUUCUCUUCUGGGCUCUGCUGCUUCCCCUACUCUGCCCCCACCCACUCACUUGUAGCAUCUGCCCUUCCUUCCAUCUCCUUGUGGUUUAGGCCGAGUUCCUUCUCCAGUUUGGUCUUAUUCACCCAUUGUGAUGAGAUCCCUCCCAUCUUGCCUAUGUUUCAGGCAAUUUUUUUAAUGCUGGAAGACACAACCCAAGAGGACCUCAGUUUCUCAAGGGUGUGGCUUCACUUGUGGAAGCAAAAUAAACUAAUGACACUCUCAGAAUGGAUCCAGUCUUCUUGCAUUCCUGUGUGCUGGUCGUGAUGGGUUGCGGCAGCCACUGGCAAGUGGGAGAGUCGGAGCCCACACAGGAUUUUGCGGCAGAAUUUUUAAGUUAUUUUUCAUGUAAAGGAGACAUGCCUGAAGAAAGUUAUGCAUCUCUCUCCCAGGAGCAUAAGAAAGGAUAUCCUUCCUUGUUUACCCAGAGUUAUAUUUAAGCUUCUCUCUGGUGAGAAACAGUUCUCAGACUUCUGUGGUGAGAGGCAACGGUACAAGAAAGCCUCUGAGGGCAAGAUGGACUGGAUUGGUCAAAAUGUCCCAAAUUCCCUCUGGUGCAGAACUGAACAGGAGAGGGGAAACCCAGAUGGAGUGAGUGUCCAUUUGGUUGAGCAACCCAAGAGCUCUGAGUAAUUGUUCCCCUGUGUGUCUGCUGUACAAGCAAAGUUUCUAGGCCAAAGGACAUCUAACUAAGUUCUCUUUAACAUUUUGUUUUGUUGUCUUUCUCAGCUCCAGUUUUCUCUUGAACCUGAGCCCAUUGCUAUAAACUGCACAGCCUUCAACCACAAUGGGAAUCUGCUGGUCACCGGAGCAGCGGAUGGCAUAAUCCGUCUCUUUGGUAAAUUGCCAGCUGGGAAUACAACUUAGAUUCCUGUAACACAGAGAAUAGGGCGUCUGAGGCUGGACUGCGGCUCACAGCACCCCUGCCCAUUGGCCGUGCUGGCUGGCGCUCAUGAGAAUGCAACAUCUGGAGGGCCAGAGGUUCCCUAUCCCUGCCUGUAAUGUCAUAGCUUGGUGUAUUCAUCCUAAUCUCUUUCGGUCUGAGGAUUUCAAAUGCGGGGGGCACCUGCUUCAGGCAGAAGUGCUGAUAUGCUGAGAGCACUUGACAGAUGGGAUUCUUUCCAUGCUCAAAGCAUUCUCAACACCUCUGGUCCUCCACACCACCUUCAGAGAGCCCUCAUUCAGGGAGAUGUGGGGCAGAGUGAGACAGAAGAGUGCCCUUGCUGCUGUAUCUUUAGCACCCCUGUACCCUUCUUUGCAAAGCAUUGUGUGCAGCAAGAAAUGCACACACACAGAAUGUUCUGUGCAGCUUUCAAUAUGCUCCUUUGCCAACUAGAUGGUCAGCCCUUCUUCUCUGUGGGAGACAGUGACUGGCCCAAGAUCACCCAGUGAGAUUCAUGAGUCUAGUGGGGAUUUGAGCCCCUGGUCUCCCAAGUCCUAGUCUACCACUUUAAUCACCCAACUACAGACAUAGGGAAGAAACACUGUCCUUUUACAGUUUUGGGAGCCUUUCCCCUGCUUCUUCUUUAGAAUUCUGUGAAGAUUUGUUGUCAAUUUUUAAAAAGCACACUUACUUAAAAAUAACUCCCCACCCCUUUUAUGUCCCUUUUCAGACAUGCAGCAGCAUGAAUGUGCUAUGAGUUGGAAGGCCCAUGAUGGGGAAGUCUACUCUGUUGAAUUCAGUUAUGACGAGAAUGCUGUUUACAGCAUUGGAGAAGAUGGGAAGGUAGGUUCUAGGGAGACGUGGGGUUGUAUCAAUCUAUUUUUGCAUUUAUCAGCGUACUGCUUCUUUGACUGCACAUGGGGGUCUCAAAGCAGCUUACCAUGAAUGUGAAAUAGCCAAAUAAAGUCAAUAACCACAUAUUCAGGUAAAAGCAUUAAGAAUCCAUUAAUGACAGUGACAUCUGAUUUGCAUAAUGCCACCCAGAAAGGAUCCAGCCGCAUGCUGCACCUUCUCAAGCAAGGUGGUGCACAAACCCCAUGGACAGGAAACGCUAGUGUCCUGAAGGCAGAAGCUGCAGUGGCUGGGUUUUUCCUGGGUUUUUUGCCAGCUGUCAAUUCUGUCUCCACAGCUGCAGAUGCCACUGCACAGCAGAAUGAAGAUGAUCAAGUGUUUUCCUUCUGGCAUCUAACAUAGAGUCUCUUGUUCCCCAUCCUAGUUUAUUCAGUGGAACAUCCACAAAAGCGGCUCCAAAGUGUCCGAAUACGCUCUUCCCAGAGAUGCCACUGGCCCCUUUGUGUUGUCUGGCUACAGCGGAUACAAGCAGGUCCAGUUCCCACGUGGAAGGCUCUUUGCAUUUGACUCGGAAGGAAACUACAUGCUGACCUGUUCUUCCAAUGGGGGUGUCAUCUACAAGGUACUGGCUGCUAGUCACAAAGGUUAUCUGUUACUUCCAGGAUCAGAGGUAGCAUUAUACCUCCUGGGGAACAAUAGCAGGAGAGUGCUACUGCGGUCACGUCCUGCUUGUGGGUUUUGCCAGUGCAUGUGACUGGACAUUGUUGCUGACAUUUCUGCCUUCAUGUUUAGUGGGUGGGAGGCAGAGUUCGGUACCAAUGGAGUGAUGCUUAUAUUUAUUUAUUUCGUAAUGUCUAUACACCGCUUGAUUUUUUUUAAAAACAACAACUUCAAAGCAGUUUACAAAAAAGCCAAAGCCAAUAAAAUUAUCACUGAAAAAAAUUAACAACAGUAAUUUAAAACUUUCAAAAAGUUAGAACAACAAUAGACUAAAAAAACAACAACUUGCAACAACUUUCUAAACAUCUGAGUAGGCUUGUCUAACCAAUAAUGCUUUUAGCAGGCAUCAGAAAGAGUACAGUGAAGGUGUCUGUCUGAUAUCAAUAGGCAGGGAGUUCCAAAGGGUAGGUGCAGCCGCACUAAAAGACUGAGUUCCUACAAAUUCAGAACAGAUAUUAUGUGGCACCAAUUCUGCCUCUUGAAGUUGUUAAGUGGGCACAUAUGGAGCAAGGCAAUCUCAAAUGUAAACUGAUCCCAAGCUGUUAAGGACUUUUACAAAUAGUAUAGUACCGUGCUGCAGGCAGCAGGAGGCAGCAGGUCAGUGGAGGCUGGCAGGGCUGAGCAGAGGGGCAUGUCUGCCUAAUUCAACUUCCCAGCCCCAGCAAAGGGUAUUUGGGUUGCCUUGCCAGUGUCUGACUUCUUGGUUUCCUCGCCUUAAAUAUAGCUGCGUUGUUAUGGGCUUCCCUGUUCUACCUACUGCAUGUCCCCUGCAAGCUUUGACAAUGCUAGUUCAAGAUUUCUAUACUGCCCUUCAGAGCCCCUUCCCAUAUUAGCCAUUAUGCCCUCUAGUCACCGCCUUUUGAGAACCAGCACAGCCCAAUAUUUGACUUGGACAGAGACCUCAGGAACCUCAAAUCCCACUUCUGUCCUGGCCCUGCUUGGUAGCUUAGGCAAAAGUCCUUUAUUUGGGCACAGAUCCUAAUAUGUGUAUAGUAUAGAUGAUCAUGACCUGGAUCAUAAGCUGCUUAUCAGGUAGGUGAAAAAGAUUUCACCUGUGAAAGAUGAUGGGAAAAUGCUAGUGGCAUCCAUUGCAGCCCUCAAGUUGUCCAGCUCAAGUGAUUUGGCUAUGCUAAAUCUUGCUACCUCCUUUGUAGAACUACAGAGCACUAUUCUGGUAAAAAUGAGUGUGGUUUGUGCAGCUAGACUUCUUAGAUUUCAAACUGGGGCCAGGGAUUGCUAUCACAGAAGUUUGCUAAGUGUUGAUGUUUGCCUGCCUUUCUUCUCUUUCAGCUGAACAGUAACGACAAGGUCCUGGAGAGCUGCCUCUCUCUGGGAGGACACAGGGCCCCGGUGGUCACUGUGGACUGGUGCACAGCGAUGGAUUGUGGGACCUGCCUCACUGCCUCCAUGGAUGGAAAGAUCAAACUAACCACUUUACUUGCACAGAAGUCAUAG